CUCGGUGUUCGAAUCGGAACGACAACGUGAUGAAAGAUGGUGGACGGUGUUGUUAUAACUAUAUAGAUUAAUACGAGACGAUUACGCGAUAAUACGAUAAUACGAUAAAUAACAGUUUGAAAAGAGAUUUACGCGUCAGAAGAGAAAGCAAUGUCGUUUAUCGUAAAUACGAUACGCACUGCUAUACGUAGUUGGACCCCGCAAGUGACCACGGUACGGUAUCGUUAUCACGCAGACAAAAUAGCAAGAGGCCCGUUGGUACGAAGAUACGGUUACAACGAUCCGAUAGAUAUGAGAGGAUUGUUGCCUCAUACCGGAGGAACCAACAGACUUCCAAUGCCAAUAUACAAUCCAGUGAACGCUUGGACGGAGAAAAGAGCAUUGUUUGGACAAAACGAUUACAUCGAUAUUUUAGGAUCCGAAAAUUUGCAUCCUACGAGAAUACUUUACAAGGUACCAUCUUGGCUAAGAGGAGUCAAAGGAAACGAAUAUAAAGUGUUACUGAGAAAGAGAAAGAUGUGGAAAUCCGGUAUCUUCCCCAUCGCAAGACCGACCAAAUGGAAAGAACUGCAAAAGAGGAUAAGGUUCCUAUAUAAGAAAUUGAAUAGAAAGACUAAGACUGGAUUCUCUAGAAAGCAAUAAGAAACGAACGAUAUAAUUUGUUGUAGCUAAUAAAGAUAAACGAAUCUAGAUUUAAGAA